UUGUUUGUUUACGUUAAACAAGAAUGAAACGAUUCAUCGUGUCACAUAGUGUCUGACUGUGUCCUUGUGAUGGAAAGCACCAUGUGUCUCUUGCUGGAGAGCACCCUAUGUAUAUUACAAAUAAGCUGAUUUGCAGAUGUGUCCUGAUAUCACUCAAAAUGACAUUUGAACACAUUCCGACUCUCUUUGCCAACAGAGUUGAAAAGUAUGAUUGAAUUUAAACAAAAUUAUAAAUAAAUGGAAAGCGACGUGUGUUAACUUUGUGUUAAAAAUGUCAAUUAUAUUAAAAAGAAAGCAGCCAUAGUAGAUAUGUAGCGUAACAAACCAUAGCAACUCUGUUAUAUAGCCGUUUCCUUGGAAGCAAACUUGACACUUCUCCUUAUAAUAGCUCACACAAAAGAUUUUUGCAAUUGUUCCUACGAUUUUACAUAAAGAAUGGAUAUGAAGAAUAAAGUAAGUUGUGAUAAAAUAGAACAGACAAAUGAUAUUGUUAAUAAAUUAAACCCUGAUAGACAUGUAACAGAAGAAGAGUUUCAAAAUUUCAUGCAUCGUGUCACUGAAGUGGCAUCUUUCGAUCAACAAGAGCAAGAAUGCGGGAAAAAGUUAGCCGAUGAGAUGUUAAAACAAGGUGUUAAAAAAGAAAUCUAUGGAGACGGCGAGAUAAAAGUUAAAACCGAUCGGUCAAUAAUUAAUAAAUAUCCGUCAAAGGAACAUGAUUCAAAUAAUGAUCCGAAUCAAAUGUCGCGAGAGAUAUUCAUGAAGAGCGUGGAAAACGACGCUAAAAAACGAGCUGAAGAACGUAAGAUUAGAAAUGAACGAGCGGAAACAUUAAAGAGAAUUGCAAACGGUGCAUUUAAAGAAGGCGAUUACGAAAAGGCCGUGACUUAUUAUAGUAAAGCAUUGGAACAACGUAAAGAUUCUGCUGUAUUAUGGAAUAAUCGCGCGUUAUCAUAUGUGAAUCUCGGAUUAUUUGAAAAAGCCUUGCACGACUGCGAGUGGACGUUAAAACUGAAUGCCUCAAACUUAAAAGCUCUUUUAAAUAGCGCUAAAUGUUAUAUGCAUCUUAGGAACAGGGAGAAAAGUAAAGAAUGUAUACAGAUAGCCAAAGAAAAGAAUCCUCAUUUCAACAAAUUUAUCGAUGAAUUUCAAGAAAAUAUAGAGCUUCAAUUUAACAAAUCCAACGUUCAGAUAAUCAAUGAUGAAAUAUAGUAGCUUCUUUCU